CCGGUGUGCCUUCAAGCAAGAUGGCGGCAGUGGAGUUCAGGCUUCCCGCAGCGCGGAAGCGUUUAGCGUCCAACCUGCCCCGGAGCAGCGGCGGGGACCGGGAUUUAGUGGCCCCCGGGGACACCAUCACCACGGACCCGGGUUAUAUGCGGGGUCAUGGAACUUACCUUGGGGAUGAGAAGUUGAUCGCUUCGGUAGCUGGAGUUGUCGAGAGAGUGAACAAACUGGUGUGUGUCAAAGCAUUAAAAACCAGGUACAAUGGUGAAGUUGGAGACAUUGUGGUUGGGCGAAUUACAGAGGUUCAACAGAAACGAUGGAAGGUAGAGACCAACUCUAGACUAGAAUCCGUGCUGUUGCUCUCAUCCAUGAAUCUUCCCGGCGGAGAGUUGAGACGUCGAUCUGCAGAAGAUGAGUUGGCCAUGAGAGAUUUCCUUCAAGAAGGAGACCUUGUCAGCGCUGAAGUCCAAGCGGUGUUUUCCGACGGGGCGGUGUCGCUGCACACUCGAAGCCUCAAAUACGGAAAGCUUGGCCAGGGGGUCCUAGUCCAGGUCUCUCCAUCCCUGGUGAAACGGCAGAAAACUCACUUCCACGACUUACCGUGUGGGGCCUCCGUCAUCCUUGGCAACAAUGGCUUCAUCUGGAUUUAUCCCACCCCUGAGCAGAAAGAGGACGAGGCUGGGGGCUUUGUGGCUAACCUGGAGCCGGUGUCCCUGUCUGACCGCGAGGUCAUCUCCCGCCUCCGAAACUGUAUCGUGGCUCUGGUUUCCCAGAAGAUGACUUUGUACGAUACCAGCAUCCUUUACUGUUACGAAGCAUCUCUUCCUCACCAGAUCAAAGACCUUCUCAAACCAGAAGUGGUGGAGGAGAUUGUGUUGGAGACACGCCAGAAACUCUUGGAACUGGAAGGAUGAUGGUAGCAAAGGAGGGGUGAGGAGCGGCAAGGAUUCCUUCCUUCCUUCCUUCCUAUCAAUAACUCCUUCCUUCCACCCACCCAUCUCAUCCUUCUUCCCAUCUUUCCUUCCCUC